AAAUCAAUUUUCAUGAUACCCUCAGUUCACCAGACUCACUACUGACAAAAGCAGCCGCCGAACUUUUUCCUAGUUUUAUACUCAACAGCAACCACAAGCCAACCACACCACGACAUAUCUUUCAUCAUCAGCAAAGAAAAUACUGCUGUCACUACUACCACGCGUUUGCUGCUACUCCUCUCCCUUUACCACCAAACAGUUAAGUUAUCCACCUCUCAACACAACACUCACAAUAAGGAGGGUUCGUAUCCAACCCCCUUCUCCCCGUUCUUCUUUCCUCCCUCCCCCCUCAGCCCAAAACCAGACUCACAAACAUCACCUCUUUCCUUCCGGAGAUCUUGCGCUCCUUCUUUUGCUCUCCGUCUUUCGUUUCUGUGGUCUAGAUCUCUUUCAUCUUCUUCUUUUUCUUCUCUCCACAUGAUUCCAACCCAAUGUUACUCUAUCCUACAUAUUGGGCUGCAAACAAUAUCAAUGUACUUCUGGUUCAAAAGGGGCUCUCGAGUUGUAAAAGAGAAACCAAAUCCCCCAUAGACGGAACCGGGGGCAAGGUUCCAAUUUGAAUCUAAACUUACCAGGUAAGGGGAAAAAAAGUCCAAA